AAUCGAGUUGCACCCACCGAAAAGGAUUCUACCGAGUGUGCCGAGAUGCCAACCAGGCGAUUUUCCCCUCAAGAAGAGCGGCGGCAUGGCUGCUGCGUCGCGUGUUUCUUAUCAGUCCAGGAGGCAGAUAUCCGGGCUUGUAUUCUAUCCUAAAGGCAGCAGGCUGGCGGCGCGUAGAUAUCAAGGCCAUUGAGACUCGGAACAGACAUUGCUCAGAAGGCACCCUUUUCAUCUCGCCCUCAGCUCUGAAAUUUGCCCCGAUCAUAAUUUAGAGUGCUCAACAUGGCUGACAAACAUGACAUGGUCGUGGUCGGAGCUGGCUGGUUUGGGUUGGCGGCUGCGAAGACAUAUAUUGAGCUCCAUCCUACAGAGGACAUCCUCGUCCUAGAAGCAGAAAGCAGCUGUGGCGGAACAUGGAGCGAGAACCGCCUGUAUCACGGGCUGAAGUCCAACAAUCUUCACGGCUCCUACGAAUAUCCUGAUUUCCCAAUGGUGCCAGAGGAAUAUGGCAUCACACAUUCAGAUCACAUUCCCGGCAAGGUACUACAUAAAUACCUAACAGACUUCGCCAAGAAGUUCGGAGUCUUUGAACGAACUCGAUUCCUGACGAGAGUAAACUCCUUGGAGCCAACCUCGGACGGCGGCUGGAAACUGGAGACCGAGUCGGGUGAUAAACAAACGAGCGUCCUCACGAAGAAAGUCAUCGUAGCGACUGGACUCACUUCAUCACCCAACUUUCCGAUCUAUCCUGGAGCUGAGUCGUUCAACGCACCAUACUUCCAUGCUAAAGAUUUCUGCCGCCAAGGAGAAACAAUCAAGACAUCGAAGCGCGCUGUCGUUGUAGGAGGUGCCAAGUCAGCAUUCGAUGUGGCAUACGCAUAUGCUGAGCAGGGCGUGCCUGUGGACCUUGUGAUCAGACCCAGUGGCAAUGGCCCAGUGUGGAUAUCAUACCCAUACGUGAUGGGAGGCAAACGACUCGAGCAGCUAUUGCACGUGCGAUGGAUGCAGCUUUUCUCGCCGUGUCCUUGGGGAUCUGAAUCAGGCUGGCUAGCAGGCAAACUAAGGAACUUUCUACACGGCACAGCUGUGGGACGUUUCAUCGUGGAUAAAUUCUGGGCUGGCUUGAGCGGCGAAGUUGUCACACAGAAUGGCUAUGACAACGACAAGGAACUCGGUAAAAUCAAGCCUUGGAACCCUGCCUUCUGGAUCGGAAGCGGCCUCAGCAUUCACAACUACGACAAGGACUUCUUCGACAUGAUCAAACGAGGCGAAGUGCGCGUACACAACGCAGACGUCGAGCGUCUCACAGACCACACAGUACAUCUCACAGACGGCACCGAACUUAAAACCGACGUCCUUGUCUGCUCCACCGGCUGGCGAAAAGAACCCUCAAUCCGCUUCCUCAACUUCGGCACAGCUGGCAUCGGUCUCAAAAAACCUCGUCCAGAACAAUCCAAACUCGCAACAGAAUACGACGAGAAAAUUCUAUCGCUAUAUCCCCGCCUUCGUACUCAACCUCCCCUCAACUUCAAACCCAAGAACGACCCUUUCCGCCUCUAUCGCUUCAUGAUCCCACCCGCUCGCAUCGAAGACCGCAACAUUGCCUUCGCUGGAAUGGUCUCAUCUGUCUCAACUUCCAUUUGCGCUUCCGUUCAAGGCCUCUGGAUCUCCGCUUUCCUCGACGGCCGUCUAGACCGCAUUGCAGAAACAGAAGAGGAUAUCACCAAGGAAAUCAUGCUGCACACACAAUGGGGUAAGUGGCGAUACCCUACUGGCUAUGGAGCAAGUCUUCCCGAUUUCGUCUUCGAUGCUAUUCCUUACACGGAUCUUAUGAUGAAAGAUCUGGGUUUGAAAGUGAAUAGGAAGAAUGGCUGGGCGGAUUUCACGCAGCCUUAUGGUCCUCCAGAUUAUCGCGGAUUUAUUGAUGAGUGGGUUGAGAAGCAUGGUGCGACGAAAUCGUGAUCGACUGGAUCUGUCCAAGUCUGAACCCGUCAUGUACUCGAGCAUUUGUAUAUACCCCCAA